AAUGAGAUUAGCAAAGGCUGUGUGUUCAGAGGCUCUGUUCAGCAAGACCAGUUGUUGAUGACAAGUAACGAAACCCAACUCUGCUGGAAGGAAGAGCAUUUCUGGAGGCUGCCCCCAUCCAGCAUCUCCCGGCCAAAUGAGGUGGCAUCACCUCGUUCCUCCCUGUGGAAUUAAUCAGCGCUCGGAGCAGUGAGACCGUCCACGAUGGGAUCGGUGGGAACGGAGCACCUCAAGGAGCUGAGCCCCAUGGGGACACCCGAAGGCAACGUGGUGAUGAGCUUCAGCUUCGACAGCUACCAGCUGGAGGAGGACGAGCUGCAGCGGGGCAGCCAGGCCAAGGGCGUGCUCACCUUCAUGGAGCCGGUUUCUGAAGACCCCGAGCCACAGGACCGAUACCACGGGAUCUACUUUGCCAUGCUGCUGGCUGGCGUUGGAUUUCUCCUUCCAUACAACAGCUUCAUCACAGAUGUGGACUACCUGCACCACAAAUACCCAGGGACCUCCAUAGUCUUUGACAUGAGCCUCACCUACAUCCUGGUGGCCUUGGUGGCCGUCAUCCUCAACAACGCGCUGGUGGAGCUGCUGAGCCUGCACACCCGCAUCUCCGUGGGCUACCUCUUUGCCCUGGGCCCCCUGCUCUUCGUCAGUAUCUGUGACGUCUGGCUGGAGCUCUUCACCCGACGGCAAGCCUACGCCAUCAACUUGGUGGCUGUUGGGGUGGUGGCCUUUGGCUGCACAGUGCAGCAAUCCAGCUUCUAUGGCUACACAGGGCUGCUGCCCAAGCGCUACACGCAGGGGGUGAUGACAGGAGAGAGCACCGCCGGGGUCAUCAUCUCACUCAGCCGCAUCUUCACCAAGCUGCUGCUGUCAGAUGAGAAGGAGAACACCGUCAUCUUCUUCUUCAUCUCCAUCGGCAUGGAGCUGACGUGCUUCAUCCUUCACCUCCUUGUGAAGCGCACUCGCUUUGUCCGCUAUUACACCUCCUGUCCCCGCAAGGGCCGCCCCGAGCCCCGCAGGGCCAGCGACCACGGGACGGGCUACCACGUCCACCACGACGUCACUGCCGAGGACAUCAGAUUUGAGGACCGGCCGCAGGGACAGCUGGCAUCUCCCCGUGGCAGCCCGGGCCCUGAAGCUGAGCUGGCCGGCAGCGGUACCUACAUGCGCUUUGAUGUGCCCACACCCAAAAUCAAGAGGAGCUGGCCCAGCUUCAGAGCCAUGCUGCUCCACCGCUACGUCGUGUCGCGGCUCAUCUGGGCCUACAUGCUGUCCAUCGCCAUGACCUACUUCAUCACGCUGUGCCUUUUCCCCGGGCUGGAGUCGGAGAUCCACAACUGCACGCUGGGGGAAUGGCUGCCCAUCCUCAUCAUGGCCAUCUUCAACCUCUCCGACUUCGUUGGCAAGAUCCUGGCUGCCCUGCCUUACGACUGGAGAGGAACGCACCUCCUCGUCUACUCCUGCCUCCGCGUCGUCUUCAUCCCCCUCUUCAUCAUGUGCGUCUACCCCAACGGUCAGCCCGCCUUCGGCCACCCCGCCUGGCCCUGCGUCUUCUCCCUCCUCAUGGGCAUCACCAACGGCUACUUUGGCAGCGUCCCCAUGAUCCUGGCUGCUGGCAAAGUGAGCCCCGAGCAACGGGAGCUGGCAGGGAACACCAUGACCGUGUCCUACAUGACGGGCUUGACGCUGGGCUCAGCCGUGGCUUAUUUUGCCUACAGCCUCACCAGUACGUCCCACAGUAGCUGUUUCUACACUGAAACCUCCAACGGCUCCUUCCUGGGGGGGUACUGAGCCCCAGGACCGGGCAAUGGGGCCAGGAUGGCACCAGGCCCUGCUGCUGUCCCCAAAGGCCCUCACUGCCCACUCUGCUGGUCUCUGGGCGCUGUGCGGAGCCAAUUCUUGGGCUGAUGGCCCCCAGUGUCGUCGGUCCCAAUGUUCCUGGGGUCUCCCCCUGGGCAGUGGUGGUGGGAGGGAUCUUCUCCUGUUUGAGCCCUUGCCAAGGAGGGAAAUAUGGCAGAAUCCCAAAGGGAAUGGGGAUGGCACUGGGGAAGAGAGCAGUCGAGGGCUGUUGAGGAAGAGGAGGAGGGGAGGAAGUUGGCUCUGGGCUGGGCUCUUAGUGAUGGUGCUGCAGCUUUCCCCUGAGGACAGCUUGAAAUCAUGACCCCAACCUUCCCUGUACUCCAAUUGCUGUGUAAGAGCCCCAAACCACUUCUGCUGCCUGGAAAGGGAGGGAACAAAGAAAAAAAAAAGUUUUUUUGCCCUCUCCUCUUGUCCUCUGAUCUGUGCUGUGCUGUGGGUCUGCCUGCAGGCUGCGGGGGGUUGGGGGGGGGAAUGCAAUGAACUGGGUGCUGCCCAGGGCCACUGCUGGGCUUCAACUUUUAUCCCGUAAAUCAAACUGAACACAGAUCGUGUGUCUCACUUGGCAAUGAUCCCUUCUGUGAUCCACACUGCUGGGCCAGGAACCCCGGCAGGUGCAUGGGGGAAAGGCUUGGGGCUACAGAAGCAGCAGUCCUCCCACCUCCCAAAACUGAGAGCCAUGGUCUGCAGGGUACCUUCAGCCCCACUGCCAGCCAGGCACAGCUGAAGGGUUCCCCCUCCUUUCCUUGCCAGCACACAGGGUUUCGCCUUUCCUGAUCAAUAAAAGCUUUUUUGUUUUGCCUUUAUACUUCUGUGUGCUCCAAGGCAGCGCGGUUCAGCCCUUCUGCUGGUUGUGCUGCUGGGAAAGGGGCUGGGGGCAAGCACUGGAGCUGCGUGCCAGCUGCCCUGUGCUCCUUAGGGCCAGGUGGAGGGAGGGCAGGUCCUUAGCAGCUGGUGAGGGGCUGCAGCACAGCACAAGGGAGCUCCGGCAGCCUGCAGAGCCCUGCUGAGGGCAGCAACAGGACUGCGGCUGACUGGAGCAGGAAUCGCCUUGGGGGUGAUGCUGGGGGGCUGCCUGCACCCAAUGUGGGUGCAUCUCCCAAGGGCUGCAGGCCGUGAACCUCAAAACG